GUUGUGUUGGGACACCUGUUGAAUGUGAGUAGGUUUGGAUACUCCAAUAGAAAAUCAGGCGCAACAGUAACCUAUGCAUUUUGUAGAAUAAUAAAGUCAGACAUUUUUUAAUCUAGCCUAUAGGCUCUCAUAUCACGCAUGCACAAACUAGAUGCAAACGCCGGAGGAACGUAUCUUUUGGACAGAACGCGUUGGAUCUCAAUCAUCUCGAGGACAAUGAUUCUCUCUCAACGUUCUACAAUAUACAUGGAAGACACAGACUCAGUGCUGGAAAUUUUUAUUGAGGGAAUAAUCGAAAUGUAAGCGCACGUUUUUUGGAAGGGGAAAAUAACCCAACGUUGUCUACAUUUGAAACCUUCCAUACACUUCCUAUUUUAUCUGUGUGCACCUCCUCCCCACGCUACACCUGCUGUUGGAUUGAUUCUACGCCACAGCCAGAGAGGCGAGAGCUAAACCACAGUGAGCACCACUCCCACCUGUAAGAGUUUCUCCGCCCCGGGGGCUUGAAGAUGAAGAAGCAAAAUGUGCGGACCCUGUCUCUUAUCCUCUGCAUGUUCUCCUACCUGCUGGUGGGCGCUGCGGUGUUCGACGCACUGGAAUCCGAGACGGAGAGCUCCCGCCGACGCAUCCUUGAGCUGAAGCGCACUGAGUUGAAGAAGAAGUACCGCUUCUCCGAGGACGACUACCGGGAGAUCGAGCGGGUGGUGCUGCAAGCGGAUCCCCACCGCGCCGGGAGACAGUGGAAAUUCGCCGGGUCUUUUUACUUUGCCAUCACGGUCAUCACCACCAUUGGCUAUGGCCAUGCAGCUCCAGGCACAGAUUCAGGGAAGGUAUUUUGCAUGUUCUAUGCCGUGCUGGGCAUCCCACUCACCCUGGUCAUGUUCCAGAGCCUGGGCGAGAGGAUGAACACGUUUGUCUGCUAUCUCCUGCGCAGGGUCAAGCAGUGCCUCGGGUUACGGAGGACUGAGGUGUCCAUGGAGAACAUGGUCUUGGUGGGCUUCCUGUCCUGCAUCGGCACCCUGUGUGUUGGGGCAGCAGCCUUCUCCCACUAUGAGGCCUGGACCUUCUUCCAUGCCUACUACUACUGCUUUAUCACGCUCACCACCAUUGGGUUUGGGGACUUUGUGGCCCUGCAGAAGAAGGAGGACCUCCAGGAGAAGACACCCUAUGUGGCCUUCAGCUUCAUGUACAUCCUGGUUGGACUGACAGUGAUAGGAGCCUUCCUCAACCUGGUAGUGCUGCGCUUCCUCACCAUGAACACAGAGGACGAGAGGAGGGACGCCCAGGAGAGGGCCUCCCUCAAGAGGGAGAGGGGCCUGCUGACCAUGGGGCUCCAUGGAGGAGGAGGAGGAGGACCAGGGCAGGGCAGAGGAGUGCUUAGGGUCAGGGAGAGGGACAGGAUGGGGCAGAGCCGCAGUCACAUUAAUCUUUCCCUGCCCAUGGAGGAGGGCACUAGCCGCACCAACCUCAUCUCCUCCCCAGCAGAGGAGCAGGAGGAUAGGGACGGGGCCAAGGGUGCCCCCUGCAGGCAGAGGCUGCAUUUACAGCUGCAUGGCACUGGCAGACGAAGGCCAGAGUCUCCCCUGGGCUCCUUGUGUUCCUGUAUGUGCUACCGUCUGGAGGUGUGUGAGAGCCCCCUGCCUUCCCACAGGGAGCACCCUGGGUGCAACAUUAACUCGGUCUACUGCAACUCCAUCUCUUACAGGAUCCAGAGCUGGAGCCCCAGAGACAACACAGGACUCUCGUCCCCAGGGAGCACACUCUCGCUUGGGCACAACUUCAGGGAGUACCCCUGCUGCCGGAGGAAGUCAGUGUAGCACCACAUGGGACAGAAUCUUUGUUUGUAACGGUUGGAUUAAUAAAGUAUUUUAUACAUAUUUUUAUACACUACAUAGGCAAGGUGUUGUAGUACACUGUAGAUGCACACACUCGAUUAGAAAUAAAUUGGUGUGAAGUAUUGGCAGAGGCAAGAGAAUCUGUUUUAUAACAGGAAUUUUAGAACCUAUUUUCCCUAAUGAAAUGAUUACAAUGCUGUAUUUAUACAGGAUGAAUUUAAGUUGUUUUUGCAUUAUAGCCGCUGGAGAUGUACCUUGUGAAUCAAUUCACUUAUUAUUGUAAUACUCUGUGAGUUGUUUGUUUUUUCCCCAAUAUUUUUUUCCUCCUAGAUAGUUUAUUAUUAUGCGCAUUAUAGAUUUUUUUUGCAUGCAAAUAAGAGUGGAGAUGCAUGAUUGAGAUGAUACACAUGGCAUGAUAAUUAUAUUAACAAAAAUGUAAUGAUGCAAAUGACUAUCACUAUAGAUAUUUGGGUAUUAUGAUUGUUUUUUAAGUACACACACACACACAUACACGAGUAAAGCAGGUCCUCAGCGUGAUGGUUGCUGCGGAUUCUGUGGAAAGUACUUCAUAUUGCAUGCCUUUAAUGGAAUGAUGUUUUAAUGAGGAGAUGAAUAGAUAUGAACGUGAAUAUGGUAGCAAUGGCCUUUAAUUAACCAUAUCAAUGACAUAUAUAAAUCAGCAUAUUACUUGUCCUUAUAGCAGGAGGUUAAAAACAACCCCGCAUACAUUUCCCUGUACUAAUGCACAACACAUGCACAGAGACAGUUUGCCUUCUAUGUGUUGAUUUACAUUUUAUGGAUGUAGCACAUGCCUGACAUGUAGCAAGACCUUUCAGAAAUAUGUAAGCCUAUUUAUUUCCAUGCUCCAUGGGCCUUUAAACCAUAUUAUGUUUUCAGAUGAGACAAAUCUUGUUUUUCUUGCAACUGUCAUUGAAAUUUAUAUCAGGUUUGGUUUUUAAUCUUGGGAAUCCCUGUCUUGAUGUUGACAAAAUAUUCUAACAUAUUUUUAAAAUUUAACUAGGGAAGUAAGUUCUUAUUUACAUUUGACGGCCUACCCCGGCCAAACCCGGGUGACACUGGGCCAAUUGUGCGCCGCCCUAUAGGAUUCCCAAUCACGUCCGGACGUGAUACAGCCUGGAUAAGAUGAGAAGAAAUCAUAAACAAAAUGAAAAGAAUGCAUAUUUUCGAUGUUUUUCCCCCAAUCCCUUAACAUUUCUAUAUAAUAAACUCUACAACUAGCUGUCUAUCUCCAGAACCAACACUGAGACCAUUUGACUGCUUGAAGGUCAUGUGUAGUUUCACACACACACACACACACACACACACACACACACACACACACACACACACACACACACACACACACACACACACACACACACACACACACACACACACACACACACACACACACACACACACACACACACACACACAAUGGUCGAGCAGUUUAUCAUGGCUAAAAAAAAAUGCAUUUAAAUGUGACUAACAAGAAAACUGAUUCUCCAUGGACUUCCCAUUUGUGCUGAAUAAGACGCUCUGUGCAUGAAGUCAAUUACCAGAUGCUAUUGAUUCUCUCACUUCACAGAAAAAGUUAGGAUAAAAGAGAGUCAGAAAGAGAUAAUCUCAAAAAUAUAUUUUAGAAAGAUACUGUAUUAAUGGCCUUGAUGAUUUAUUGGCUUGAGGGCCGUGCAUAUACUGUAGAUUUGGAAAGUAUUCAGACACCUGGAUUUUAUCCACAUUUUGUUGUUACAUCCUUAUUCUAAAAUGGGUUUUAAAAAAUCCCUUAUCAAUCUAUACAUAAUACCCCAUAAUGACAAAGCAAAAACAGGUUUAGACAUUUUUGAAAAUGUGUAUAUACACUGCUCAAAAAAAUAAAGGGACCACUAAAGUAACACAUGCUAGAUCUGAAUGAAUGAAAUAUUCUUAUAAAAUACUUUUUUCUUUACAUAGUUGAAUGUGCUGACAACAAAAUCACACACAAAUUUUCAAUGGAAAUCAAAUGUAUCAACCCAUGGAGAUCUGGAUUUGGACUCACACUCAAAAUGAAAGUGGAAAACCACACUACAUGCUGAUCCAACUUUGAUGUAAUGUCCUUAAAACAAGUCAAAAUGAGGCUCACGGGCGGGCCAGUCCAUAACAUCAAUCAAAUCAAAUGUAUUUAUAUAGCCCUUCGUACAUCAGCUGAUAUCUCAAAGUGCUGUACAGAAAACCAGCCUAAAACCCCAAACAGCAAGCAAUGCAGGUGUAGAAUCAAUGCCUUCCUCUUGCAGGAACUGUAGACACACUCCAGCCACAUGAGGUCUAGCAUUGUCUUGCAUUAGGAGGAACCCAGGGCCAACCACACCAGCAUAUGGUCUCACAAGGGGUCUGAGGAUCUCAUCUCGGUACCUAAUGGCAGUCAGGCUACCUCUGGCGAGCACAUGGAGGGCUGUGCGGCCCCCCAAAGAAAUGCCACCCCACACCAUGACUGACCCACCGCCAAACCGGUCUGGAGGAUGUUGCAGGCAGCAGAACGUUCUCCACGGCAUCUCCAGACUCUGUCACGUCUGUCACAUGUGCUCAGUGUGAACCUGCUUUCAUCUGUGAAGAGCACAGGGCGCCAGUGGCGAAUUUGCCAAUCUUGGUGUUCUCUGGCAAAUGCCAAACGUCCUGCACGGUGUUGGGCUGUAAGCAAGACCACCACCUGUGGACGUCGGGCCCUCAUACCACCCUCAUGGAGUCUGUUUCUGACCGUUUGAGCAGACACAUGCACAUUUGUGGCCUGCUGGAGGUCAUUUUGCAGGGCUCUGGCAGUGCUCCUCCUGCUCCUCCUUGCACAAAGGUGGAGGUAGCGGUCCUGCUGCUGGGUUGUUGCCCUCCUACGGCCUCCUCCACAUCUCCUGAUGUACUGGCCUGUCUCCUGGUAGCGCCUCCAUGCUCUGGACACUACGCUGACAGACACAGCAAACCUUCUUGCCACAGCAUGAGACGGAGUCUACAACCCACACAAGUGGC